AUGGCAAAAUCAAAGCAAAUCAUGAACUUUAUUCGGUCAGAGACCGAUCUAUUCUCUGAACCGGGCUACGACUUGACUCUUUCUAGCUCUCACCGAGUCGAUUAUCAUCCAAUAACAAACAUUUCAGAUCGGUCCACUCCUCUAACGUUUAUUAUUCAAGGAAAUGACUCACAAUACAUUGACUUUUCUGAAACCCAACUCUAUAUUCGAUGCAAGAUUGUGGAUAGCAAGGGUGCAGAGAGAGACACUCAAAAUACUACUGCCCCUGUUAACAAUUUCCUACAUUCAAUGUUUAGUCAAGUUGCAAUUUAUUUUAAUGAUACCCAAAUCACCUCACCAACUUCAUUAUACCCCUACAAGGCAUACUUGGAGACUCCUUUGUCUUUCGGCAAAGAAUAUACCAAGACUCAAGCAAUGGCUGCACUUUAUCACAAGGAAGCCGAUCCAACUACGGCCGAUGAAGGGUGGAAGACUCGAGAGAAAUUGGCAAACAAUAGCAAAGUGUUUGAAUUGUGCGGAAAACUGAAGACGGACAUAUUUAACCAAAACAGAUUUUGCAUUCCAGGAGUUGACAUAAAAAUUGAGCUCUACCGAGCACCAGACGACUUUUGUCUACUUAGCAAGACCCCAACAAGCGGAAAUGCACAAGAUGCAGCACAACUUCACAUUAUCGAAGCCAAAAUCGUUGUUCAAAAACAUACUCUACUUCCGUCAAUUACGAUGGGUCAUUUAAGAUUGAUGGAAAAGGGGCAACCUGCAUGUUACCCAAUGCGAAGAGGAGAUAUGAAAUCAUUUUCCCUGUCAGCCGGAACACUACAAUAUACAAACGAGAGUCUAAUUACGGGACUCUUGCCAGACCGUCUAGUGGUUGGCAUUAUCUCGAGCAAGGCUGUACACGGGCAUUACAAUGAAAAUCCAUUUAACUUUAUUCAAGCAGACAUAUCAAGCAUUACUGUAACGGUGAACUCGGAGCAAGUAACAUUCCAAACGUUCGAACUUGACUUUGAUAAUAAGAAAAGUAUUGAAGCCUACUUUAGCAUCUUUUCGGGAUUGGGUCUAUCAAAUCUUGACACUGGAUUAGAGCUAACAUUUGACAAUUUUAAAACUGGAAAGACGCUCUAUGUUUUUGACUUGAGGCAUCAACAUGAUGGAUUCGCUAUACCCAGACACGGCAGUGUGAAAAUAGAAAUAAAGCUACGAAAUGCGACAACGACUGCAUUAACAGUUCUUUGUCAUUGUGAUUAUCAAUCAGUCUUGUAUGUUGACAAGAAUCGUCAUAUUUACUUUAAGGACUACUCCAUGUAG